UUUUCAAAGCAAUUUCACCUCACUAAGACAAUAAUUUUCUAACCAUUCACAUUCAGUUAAAUUACAUGUUACAAGUGAAUCAAGCCUAUAUAACCUGCUCCUCCUCUCCUUAUUUUCAAGCUUUGUUGCUUGCCAAAAUUGGCGAAAAUGAGGAAAAUAUCAGAAUACAGUUUUUCGUGAAUGGCUUUAACUGGACUUUUUUCUUUACUUUUCAUUUGAAAAUUUUAAUUUGGAUUUUUGCUUCUUGGUUUUGCUUGACCCAAUGGACCUGACAAUCUAGCAGAUUUGGUUUUUUUUCCAGAAUGGAAUGCUGGAACCAUGGUUUGGAAGUAAAGGUCUUGGUGAUGCUGACCAAGUCCUAGCAUAUUUUGCUGUCUCCAAGCUUGGAGAACCUCCUGUUGAUGGAAAGACUGAUACCAAUCCUGAAGGACUGACUGCAUCAUAUGGGAAGUGGGCAUCGACGGUAGCUGAUAGAUUACAUGCUGGAGGCCUCACUUGCAAGGUUCUCAACAAGGAAAAUUUUCAGAAGCAGAUGUUAGAGAAGUUGAUCUGGAUUUCAGCAUUCAUGCUUGUUGGAGCUCGUCAUCCAGGAACAACUGUAGGUGGUGUAGAGAAAGAAUACCGCUCUGAGGUGUCUAGUCUCAUUGCAGAGCUUGCCUCUGCAGCAGCUGCAGAGAAGGGGUUGGUAUUUGAAGAAGCCAUGGAGCACAGAUUAUGUGCAUACUCACGCACGGUUGCACACUUUCCUACCGCAGUUAAAGAGUUUAAAUGGAGAAACGGUUGGUUUUAUUCUCUAUCUGAAAAGGCAAUUGCCGAAGGAAAGCCUGAUCCCUGUCCGCUACAUACGACAUGGCUCAAAGAUUUGAAAGUUGUCUAGGAAAGCUUGCUUCUCUUCCAUAGCCAAGGUUCUAAAAAACGCUAGGUGCUAGCCGGGCGGUGGGCUAGCGCCUAGCGCCUAGGCGGCUAGGCGGCCUAGGCGGAUUUAGGUAAAUUUUUUGUAUAUCCUGUGAAUAAGUGCAUAUUGACACUUACAAAACAUGUAGAAAAUGUACAAAAGAAAUAUUUCUUUCAACAAAUGAAGUAAUAAUCAUAUGGUAUACUUGAGAACAAGGCAGUGCUUGCAACCACUGAAAUGAAAUGUGA